GGAGAAGGCCAGAUCCUUGGGACUCGGACCUCAGUUGUUCUCGCAUCCCUGGGCCGGGCUCGAGUGACGGUCAGGGCCAGUCCUUCCACCCUGUCGGGUCUCCUCUGUCCCUCGGACUGCGGCUUCGGGUCUCAUUGAGCUCAGGGGCGCCCGCACAAGGGCAGGUUUCCUAGCAACCCACUUGACCUUUACCGGACACUCAGGCUUCCUCUGAGCGGGGUUGGAAAGACGUUCGAGUAUUUGCGGGACGCUUUUGCCGCCUUCAUUUUGAUACCCUGGGGAUGACUUGUUAGGGAGUGUUUAACUUCUUGCAUCAGCAAAGUAGCCUGCUGUAUUCCUGCCCUCACAGGGCGAGGGGUUGGGCGUCUGCUGAGGUUUUACACUGGUGCGUUGUUAGAGCUGUCAUUCAUUCACUUAGCAAACUUUUCUGGGAGCACUUUAUGGCAGACAGGGCAGGAAGGUGGGGCAUGGAUAGGUCACAGUGAGGGCCGUAGAAACAUGGUCGUUGCUCUUUUGGAGCUUCAGUGUUUUGAGAAAUGCAGACAGGUGGGGUAGGCCUCCAGCGUAAGGUCUCACAAGGAGAAAGUGGUUCUGACUGUUGAAUAAAUGAAUGCACUGACUUAUUUGGGAAUGAUUAGAAUGUGGGCGGGACAUCAGAGAGAGCCCUUUGCUGCAUGUGGGAGAUGCUGUGAAUUAUGGACUCAUGUUUGGUUUGUUUUACAACAAAUUGGGGAUCUGAAUGUAGGAUUGCUGUUUAGGGUACAUAUUUACUUAUGCAUAGCUUGCAUAAAAGGUAGAAAAGAAAAUAAAGUAUUAGGUUUGAGGUUCUUCAGGGGUGUUUCUUUUAAUAUCGUCUGAGUCCUAUAAUCUCACAUAUCUCUGAGUAAUCUUAGAGUUUGCCAAAAGGGAGACUCUUCCAUGUAGUGACAUGCCAAGUUGAUGGAGAAAAAUUGCAGGAAGCACUCCCCAAGUCCAAUAUUUGGACAGAAACAGUACACCUAUCUGCAGUGUGUUCUUGCCACUAGAAAGAGCGCAAGCGUUGAAGUUUGGAGAGACUUGGAUUCAGAAGCAGUGGUUCUGUGAGUUCUAGUGAUCUUGGACAAGUUCGCAUAAUGUCCCUGAGCCUUUGUGGCCUUAGACGCAAACCUGGGCUAAUAAUUCCUACCUCAUAGAGAUGUUGUUAAGAUCAGAUAAUGAACAGCGGGUGACUUGUCCAGCAUAGGCCUGGUGCUGAGACAAAGGACCCAGGGGGGAACAUUGGAGCUGCUACAAGCUUUUCCCUGAUAAUGGUCCGUGACAGUCUUGGGUCCACAGAAUGCUGGGAUUUCUUCGAAGAGAAUUGGAACCAAAGAAAGAGCAUCAUUCUGUUCUUGAUGUCAUGUGGCCUGUGCUUUGGACCGUGGUGCGUACCUAUGCUCCCUAUGUCACAUUUCCUGUGGCCUUUGUGGUCGGGGCUGUGGGUUACCACCUGGAAUGGUUCAUCCGGGGAAAGGAUCCCCAGCCUGUGGAGGAGGAGAAGAGCAUCUCUGAGCGCCGGGAGGACCGCAAGCUGGAUGAACUGCUAGGCAAGGACCAUACCCAGGUGGUGAGCCUUAAGGACAAGCUGGAAUUUGCCCCUAAAGCUGUCCUGAACAGAAACCGCCCGGAGAAGAAUUAACGAAGGACACAGAGCCCUAUGGGUCCUUGUGUGGGCCAUGACUGGCCCUGCCACCAUGUCUACCCUGCUCCAGAACCCACAUGGGAUUUGCUGUGUUGCUCAUUCUUGCCCCUCCCAUACCACCCAGCCCCGCAUACACUGGCCGCUCUUCUGUUGCCAGGCGGACACGUGAACAGCUGAGGGGCCGGGGAGAGGAGGGCCCUUGAGGGUUCUGGCCUGAAGGCUGCAUGUGUUGUAUGUGGCCGAAACUGCUCAGGCUUCUGCGCUUCUGGGCGCACUUCGGGGAGGAGUGUCAUGAAAUGAAUGAUGGCUGGCUGUUUCUUUGGGGAGGUACUUUGGCUUCAAGUGGGAGUGGCUGGGGUUGGCAUGCUGCCUUAAGAGGGAUGCCUACAUGCCUAGGUCCAGUGUACACUGGGAAGAAUUCAAAAAGCUGCCUGACUCCCUUCACUAGUUUGCCCUCUUCUUGUACUCAUUCUUCCUGAAAUCCUGUCCUGUCAGCUCAGGAAUGAGACUCCCUGGGGAGAAAAGCCUUUUACUGUCCUUGGAAGCCCCGGCUGUUUGCCUUGGGACAGGUGAAUUUGCUUGAAAACAGACACCCACCCCCAUCACUGUAUGGUACAGAACUUCAUUAAAGUUGCACCUGACAACCAUA